AUGGCAGUUUGGGUGGCAGGAGUAUUCAGCCCAACUGGACUCUCUCCCUCGACCAAUACAUAUCAGCAUCCCUCGAGUCGUACUCUCUUGACGGGUGAAUUGACUGAAUCUCUCUGGAUCGAUUGGUAUUUUAGUAGACUCGAUAUUUUGACUCACAAGCUACAAGGAACACUGCACUUUUUGAUCUCCAAGUUGUCAGGCGAAGCCCCAAUUUCCGGUACUCCUCCGUCGCCUGUAGACAUUGGCUCAACAGCAGGGCCUUCUGUCUCUCCCGAACAUACAUCAUCAUGUCUACCAACGCAACUUCCUUCCUCCCCCAAGAACAAAAUCUCACCAACUGAAGCCCCUUCCAAUCCCUGGAUCCCGUCUUCUUGA